GUGUUCCUGUGGUGCUCAGUAGUGAGUUUAUGGUCACCAUGUUGCACUUGAUGGUAUUUUGUAUUUCUUGAAUAUUACUUGGUGAUACUAUUUGUUUAAUGUAUGAUACAUCUAGGUAAUAUAUAUAUAUCUAUAUAGAUAUUUCUAUAUAUAUUCUUUAUCAUUUUCUGUGAUAUUUAUAUGGUAUUGUACUUUAGACUUAGACCUCUAUAGUACUUUUUCUAUCAUACCUUAAGAAUUCAAUAAAUCUCUUGAAGGAGCCCUGUUUCCAGGUGCCUUUGCAGUGGCACAGUGUUUAUCAUUUAUAUAUACGGGCAUGGAGUCAAUUUCUUUUUGAUUUAGUAGGAUCGCCCUUGAUUCCAUUUUUCUUCUCCUUGCUGUUUGAGCAAUACGUCAAUAAGUCUGGAACUCGAGCGCGGCCUUAUCAACCCUCCACGGGACGGUCUCCUGCCCAACAGACAAGUCAAGAGAAACGCACGUGUCCCAUGACACUUGUUGGCGGCCGCCAAAAACCGCUCGGUUAUCCGUAGACGUCAGUAUCACUGUGUGCUUUUGUAGUAUUGAUUUCAGAACGGACGACGAUGCUCGCCCGGAAUGUAACAUAAACUGCGGAGCCGCUGCAGAUUGAAACGGACACACACCGACACCCAGUGGAAUACAGUGUGGAAGUCAGUGAAUGCAUCGUCCGGUCGUAGCUGGCCUCAGCGGACUGUGGGGUCACACGGACUGAAAACCCGGAGACUUUGUCUAGAAGUGUGGACAUAAAGCACAACAGGAUCCCGCCCCCCACCUGAUCUAGAUCAUCGCGCCCGGCGGAAGAGCAUAGCCAUUGGGAAGCAGCCCAGCAUGGAGGUCCCUCCCACCGCCCCAAUUCAACCCUUUCGACAAUCCAGUUUCCUCAGUAGGAGGUUGAAGGGCUCCAUCAAGAGGGCAAAGAGUCAGCCCAAGCUGGACCGAACCAGCAGUUUCCGCCACAUGAUCCUCCCCCGCUUCCGCAGUGCCGACCAGGACAGGACCCGUUUGAUGCAGAGCUUCAAAGAGUCCCACUCCCACGAGUCCUUGCUGUCCCCCAGCAGCGCCGCCGAGGCGCUGGACCUCACCCUGGACGAGGACGCCAUCAUCAAACCCGUCCACUCCAGCAUCCUGGGACAAGAGUACUGCUUCGAGGUGACCACGGCGUCGGGAACCAAGUGCUUUGCGUGUCGCUCGGCCGCAGAGAGAGACAAAUGGAUCGAGAACCUGCAGAGAGCUGUCAAGCCCAACAAGGACAACAGUCGGCGGGUGGACAACGUGCUCAAACUGUGGAUCAUCGAGGCCCGCGAGCUCCCAGCCAAGAAGCGCUACUACUGCGAGCUGUGCCUGGACGACAUGCUGUACGCGCGCACCACCAGCAAGCCCCGCACCGACACCGUCUUCUGGGGGGAGCACUUCGAGUUCAACAACCUGCCCGCCGUCCGCAACCUGCGCCUCCACCUGUACAAGGAGACGGACAAGAAGAGACGCAAGGAAAAGAGCACAUACCUGGGGCUCGUCAGCAUCCCCAUCUCGAGCAUCACCGGGCGUCAGUUCGUGGAGCAGUGGUACCCGGUCAUCCAGCCCAGCGUGCUCACCAAGGGAGCUGGGGGCGGCGGCGGGAAGAUCAUCAACGCGUCCCUGCGCCUCAAGUCCCGCUUCCAGACCAUGAACAUCCUUCCCAUGGAGCUGUACAAGGAGUUCGCCGAGUACGUCACCAACAACUACCGCACGCUGUGCGCCGUGCUGGAGCCCGUGCUGAGCGUCAAGAGCAAAGAGGAGGUGGCCUGCGCGUUGGUGCACAUACUGCAGAGCACCGGGAAGGCUAAGGACUUCCUGUCGGACAUGGCCAUGUGCGAGGUGGACAGAUUCAUGGACCGAGAGCACCUGAUAUUCAGAGAGAACACGCUGGCCACGAAAGCCAUAGAAGAGUACCUCAAGCUGAUCGGACACAAGUACCUCAAGGACGCCAUAGGCGAGUUCAUCAGGGCCUUGUAUGAGUCAGAGGAAAACUGCGAAGUGGACCCCAUGAGGACCCCCCCCUCCGUGCUCCCGGACCACCAGGCCAAUCUCCGCAUGUGCUGCGAGCUGGCACUCUGCAAGAUCGUCAACUCCCAUUGCGUGUUCCCUCGAGAGCUGAAGGAGGUCUUUGCCUCCUGGAGAGUGCGCUGCGCCGAGAGAGGCCGGGAGGACAUCGCCGACCGGCUCAUCAGCGGCUCCCUCUUCCUGCGCUUCCUGUGUCCGGCCAUCAUGUCCCCGUCGCUCUUCAACCUCACGCAGGAGUACCCCGACGAGCAGACGUCCCGCACGCUCACCCUCAUCGCCAAAGUGGUGCAAAACCUGGCUAACUUCUCCAAGUUUGGCAAUAAAGAGGACUACAUGUGUUUCAUGAACGAGUUUUUGGAGAUGGAGUGGGGCUCCAUGCAGCAGUUCCUCUACGAGAUCUCCAACCUCGACAGCGUCAGCAACGCGGGCGGCUUCGAGGGAUACAUCGACUUGGGCAGGGAGCUGUCCAUCCUCCACAGCCUCCUCUGGGAGGUCAUUUCUCAGCUCAGCAAGCAAAACUCAGCCAAACUGGUUUUCUUUGAACCACAGGAUGCCAUCAUCAAACUGGGUCCCUUGCCCCGCCUCCUGAAUGACAUCAGCAUGGCCUUGCGUAACCCGCACCUGCAGAGGCAGCCCAGCCACCAGACCGACAGGGUGCAGGAGAGGCAGGCGGACAGGCUGCUGUCACGGCCCAGCUUCAACAGGGGAAUAUCCUCCGAGUUCCAAAACCUCAUGAUGAGGGAUCUAAACAGCCCUAUAGAUAUCACUCGCUUGCCUUCCCCCACCUCCACCGGAGGGGUCAUGCCAUCCCGCUCCCAGAUGAAUUUUCAGGACCGCGACCUCCUCCAACGAGCGUCCUCCAAAGACAUGUUUUACGUAUCGCGCCCUCCCCUGGCCCGAUCCAGCCCGGCCUACUGCACAAGCAGCUCGGACAUCACGGAACCAGACCCUAAGGCCUCCAUCGCCGGCAUGGGCAGCUUCGGAGGGCUGAGCAGCGGAGGCGGUGGCGGCCUGGGGUCGGGCCUGAGCAGCCAGCUGCGGGCCGGUGGGAGGUUGUCAGCUGGCUCUGGCGGCUCCAGCAUGUCCGGCGGCCUUCGGCUGAGCCAGCUGAGCCAGAUGGGCAACACCACCGACUCGCUAUCCCAGCAGCAGCAACAGCAGGCCGCCGCCAUGCGCUACCCGCUUUCCUUCCAGAAUCCCCUCUUUCACCUGGCGACCGCUGACGGGCCCCAGCAGCAACAGCUCCACCACCAGCACGGCCGGGCCCAGCCGCCGGCGCCGCUGCUGCUGACCCCGGAGCCCGACCCCUCUCACCCGACCUACAUGCCGCAGUUCGCCCACGGGGGGUUCUCUCGCAGCGAGGACCUGUCCACCCUCAGGACCAGGGACGGUCACCUGGGACAACCCAGCAUCAUCCACUCCCACAGCUACAGCGACGACUACAGCAGGGCGGAAUACGGACGCAGGCAGACGUCCAUGAACGUGCAGGAUAACCUCCAACAGCAACAGAUGAUGGGCCUGACCUCCCAGACGGGAACCUCCCACUCCUCGCUGGCCGCCACGCCCCCCUCCACCGUCCUACCCGUGCGCCAGAGCUCCGUUGCCCCGCCCGCCCCGCGCGUCAAGUCCCAGACGUCCCACCAGCUGUCCGUCAGCGCCGCCGCCGCGCCCGCCGCCCUGGCCAAGACGCGACCGCCGAGCGCCAACCUCCUCCAGUCGCCCGAGUCCGGCUACGGCGGCCGGCAGCACGGGGCGCGGCAGCUGUCGGUCAAAGACAACACGGCCCCGGGCCUCCCCCACCAGCAGAGCUCCGCCCGGGAGAGCCAGAGUCCGCAAGGGACCGCGGGUCAGAGCGCUCAGCAGUCGCCGCAGCAACAGGCUCAGCAGCAGCACCUCCUCAAGCCCACCAUGAGCAAACAGGGCUCCCAGACUCCAUCCACGCUCAACCCUCCGACCCCGGCCAACGAGCGCACGGUGGCCUGGGUCUCCAACAUGCCUCACCUGUCGGCCGACAUCGAGAGUUCGCGCAUCGACCGAGAGGAGUUCAAGCUGAAGGAGUACUCGAAGAGCAUGGACGAGUCGCGCAUGGACAGGGUGAAGGAGUAUGAGGAAGAGAUCAACUCCCUGAAGGACCGCCUGGUGAUGUCCCACAAGAAGCUGGAGGAGUACGAGCGCAGGCUCCUCACGCAGGAGCAGCAGACCAAUAAGAUCCUCCUACAGUACCAGAAUCGACUCGACGACAGUGAGAGGAAGCUACGGCAACAGCAAGUGGAGAAAGACUCCCAAAUUAAAGGAAUAAUUAGCAGACUCAUGGCUGUGGAGGAUGAAAUAAGGGGACCCCCCGUGAUUGAGCCCAAAACCAGGAUUUUCGCUGAUCAGGGGAGGCGUCAGUCCAUCCUAGUGCAGCCCCGUCUCGCGCCCGUCCCACCGCGAGUAACCAGCCACUCUCAAAGCUUCGUGGAGGACAAUGUGGAACGUAGUUGGCUGAUGCACCAUCGUCAGUCCGCGGGGUGGCGCGGCCAAAUGUCCAGAGCCUUCUCUCGCGACGCGAUUGGCUGACAAAGGGAGAACUUGGGGCAUUGGUCCCAGUCUCUUUGCUCAGAGGAUGGUGCAGAGCCCCAGCGGACCAUGUAAGGAAAUGCGGGGUUGUGUCUUCUCUUUUAUUUAUUUAUUUUUUUACUUUACUCGGGGCCCUCUCUCUCUCUGAUUUGAGUUUUUAUUUUUU